AUGUCCUUCUCCUCGAUCCUGCUGACCCUCUCCUUCUUUUUUGUCUCCAUACACUCCAGCAUUGAUCCCUCCUUCAGGAGCUGCGCCCACUUCUUCUACAGGCAGAUGGCUCCGAGAGGAGCGAGGGCACAGGGUCUUCGUCCAGUCUGCCAACUUUACCGUGGUCAGCCGAUGUACGCCACCCUGUACGACCAAACUCGCCGUAUGCCUUUUUAUUCUGCAUACAUCUUCAGAGGCUCUGAUGGCAUGAAGAUGAAUAUGUUUCCUUGGAUGUAUGAACCGCAGCUCUUCAGAGCAUCUGAGACGGGUAAUAUGCAGCCCUUCCCUCCUGCAGGAGCUGAUCAGCGAUUGGAGGAGAGUCAGGCCGUGCUAGCUGACUAUACAAACGCUGUGGCUUAUGAGCGCGGCCAGCUCAACCCCGACCAGCACCAGUCUAGCCCAGCGGCCAAGGCAGCCACUUACACCCUGACCAACGUAGUGCCAAUGGCCAAGGACUUCCUCCAAAAUCACUGGGAUCCUUACCUGGACACCAUUCGCCAGCGCCUCAAUAUCUACUGUCGCAGCACGGCGUACGUAAUCUCUGGCAUAACCACCACUGGACGUACCCUUCUCAGGCCAAACGCCCGCGGACUGACUGUCCCAAAACACGUCUGGUUGGCUUAUUGCUGCCCAGACUUUGACCCUGGUAUGCCUUACAGUUUACGUUAUAAAUUUCCCUCAUAUGCUGCCUAUGGGCUCAAUGAAGUUUACGAUAAUUUCGUCAGUGAGGUUUCGUCUAAGAGUCUGGAAGCCCUGGUCAAGACAGAAAUGCCUGUAGAUCAAAACUUUCAGCUGUUUGAUGGCAACUGUGUUGGAGAAUCAUAA